AAUAUGCAUUUGCUAAAAUAAAGAUAAACGGAUCGAUUAAAUUGGUUAUUUAAUUUUUAUAAAACACAAUAACUAAACUUCUAUAGCAAACCUUAUCACACUUCAAUUGUUUACAUAUCAAUACAUAUAGGCUGCGGUCAAGCUGUCGCUUCAAAUGUUACGGAGUAUUCUUCUUCUCUUUUCUUUUAGUAAAGAUAGAAAGAGAGGAGAAACGCUUCGAAGCGUUUGCAGCGGCAGCUUGACCAUGGCCAUAGUGGCUUAUAGAUAAUUAUCAACACAUUCAGUGUAAUCCUCCAACAAUAAUAAAGGAGGAUAUACUGGUCCAUAACCGGUUCUUUCAGAAAAUGAUAAUGAAGCCUGCGCAAUAAGGAAGAACAGGAUUAUAAAUAGCGGAGAGACGUACAGGAAAGGAAUAAUAUUGCGAGUUUGUUUGUCGAAAGGAUAAAGUGUGUGCCAAAGAUCCGAAUUGCAGUCACGUGGAAUAUUAAAAUUUUCGUAGCACGAUGAAAAUAUUCCUGAACGUUUCGCUGGCCAUCAUGCUAAUGAUGGCCAUAGUGAUAUCACUAGGAGCAUGUAUGUCCACAACUGAACGUAUUAAAGCAGGCAACAACGUCGUCAUUCAACCAACUGCUUUCAUAGACACUCCUCUAAGACCAACUUGCCCACAGGGGCAGAAAAAAGUUAACGGGAAGUGCCGGAGGCUGGUAUAGGAAGACAUAUCACAAAGGAAAAAUUGGCAGCAUGAUGAAAGCAUCUCUUAAUGUUUUCUUGAUAAUCGCGAUAAUAGCAGCUAUUGUGAUACCACUGGGAACAUGUAAACCAGCUACAUCCGGAUAUCCACACACUGACUACACUAACAUAACUGAGCAUGAGACUAAAGAAGCGUCAUCAGGUAUUGGAACUAAUACCAGCUAUCCUCUCCAUCGUCAUUUCAUAAACCUUCCGUCGAGGACUUUGAAACUUGAUUGUCCUUCUGGACAGAAACGCAAUUCUCGCGGAGUAUGUCGCAAGUUGUUGUAAUGAUGACAGCAGUUUCCAGAUUCAAGAUUAUUAACGACUUUUAUAGACUUUCUAAGCUUGCGGAAUAAUCUUAUGUAGGCGAUGGACCAAUUUAAGACAAUAAUAUACAAGCUACUACAAUAAAUUAUAAAAAAAUAUAUUGUUGUUAAUAUUA